CCUUUUCGCGCCGAAGGAGAAGUUCCCGCGCGCCUCCAUCGGCCUUCCUCCCUCCCUCCCUCCCGCUGCUGCUGCUCCUGUGACGAUGGCGGGCCCCGGGGCGGCGGCGCUGGACGAAGCGGAGCUGCGAGAGGCUCAGCGGGACUACCUGGACUUCCUGGACGACGAGGAGGAUCAGGGAAUUUACCAAAGUAAAGUCCGAAACAUGAUCAGUGACAGUCAUUACCGUCUGAUUGUGAAUAUCAAUGAUCUCCGAAGGAAGAAUGAAAAAAGAGCCAGACGUCUGCUGAACAGUGCCUUUGAGGAGAUGGUGGCAUUCCAGCGAGCCCUAAAAGACUUUGUUGCUUCUAUUGAUGCAACGUAUUCAAAGCAGUAUGAAGAUUUUUAUAUUGGACUUGAAGGCAGCUUUGGUUCUAAGCAUGUGACACCCCGGACGUUGACAUCCCAGUUUCUCAGCUGCAUUGUCUGUGUGGAGGGUAUUGUUACAAAAUGCUCUCUGAUACGUCCCAAGAUAGUCCGCAGUGUACACUACUGCCCUGCUACGAAGAAGACUAUUGAGCGUCGGUAUACAGACAUGACAUCUCUGGAAGCUUUCCCUUCCACUGCUGUUUAUCCCACUAAGGAUGAAGAAAAUAAUCCUCUUGAGACAGAAUUUGGCCUGUCUACCUACAAGGAUCAUCAGACCAUCACAAUCCAAGAGAUGCCAGAAAAGGCACCAGCUGGACAGCUCCCUCGUUCUGUAGACAUAAUUUUAGAUGAUGACUUGGUGGAUGUAGUUAAGCCGGGGGACAGAGUUCAGGUCAUUGGGACAUUUCGAUGUCUACCUGGAAAGAAAGGUGGUUACACUUCAGGGACAUUUAGGACUAUUCUGAUUGCUUGUCAUGUGAAGCAAAUGAAUAAGGAAGUUCAGCCUGAAUUUUCAUCAAGUGAUAUUAACAAGAUUAAAAAAUUCAGCAGAAGCCAUCCAAAGGAUGUGUUCAACCAGCUUUCUAGGUCUCUGGCUCCUAGUAUCCAUGGGCAUGAGUUUAUCAAGAAGGCAAUUUUGUGCAUGCUCCUGGGGGGUGUGGAGAAAGUGCUGGAGAACAGAAGCCGUCUCAGAGGGGACAUUAACAUCCUGCUAAUUGGUGAUCCUUCAGUGGCAAAGUCUCAGUUGCUCCGUUACGUGUUAUGUACAGCUCCCCGGGCCAUCCCAACUACAGGCAGGGGCUCUUCUGGUGUUGGUCUGACUGCUGCAGUCACUACAGAUCAAGAAACUGGAGAGCGUUGUCUAGAGGCAGGUGCCAUGGUCUUGGCUGAUCGGGGUGUGGUUUGCAUUGAUGAAUUUGAUAAAAUGUCUGAUAUUGACCGUACAGCUAUCCACGAGGUAAUGGAGCAGGGCCGUGUUACCAUUGCCAAAGCAGGCAUUCAGGCCCAGCUCAAUGCUCGUUGCAGCGUUCUGGCAGCUGCCAAUCCAGUGUAUGGCAGGUAUGAUCAAUACAAAACUCCCAUGGAGAAUAUUGGUCUUCAAGACUCUUUACUGUCUCGGUUUGAUUUGCUUUUCAUUGUUUUGGAUCAAAUGGAUUCAGAACGAGAUAGAGAGAUCUCAGACCAUGUCUUGCGAAUGCAUCGUUACAGAGCAGCUGGUGAACAGGACGGGGAUGCCAUGCAAUUAGGUAGCACAGUAGACCUUCUGGCUACUGAGGAUCCUGCUUUUGCUUCAGAGGAGGAUCAAGAGAUGCAGGUGUAUGAAAAACAUGAUGACUUACUGCAUGGGCCUAAGCGUCGCAAGGAGAAAAUAGUAAGCGUGGCAUUCAUGAGGAAAUACAUACAUUUUGCCAAAAUGCUCAAGCCAGUCUUGACUGAGGAGGCUGCUGCCUUCAUAGCACAGGAAUAUUCUUCCCUUCGCAGUCAGGACCAGAUCAGCUCAAACAUUGCCAGGACUUCUCCUAUCACAGCCCGCACAUUGGAGACACUGAUCAGACUCUCAACUGCACAUGCUAAAGCAAGGAUGAGUAAAACAGUUGACAAGCAGGAUGCUGAAGCUGCUUUAGAGCUGGUUCAGUUUGCCUACUUUAGAAAGGUUCUGGAAAAAGAAAAGAAACGUAAGAAGCAGAAUGGAGAUGAUGUAGACCAAGAAACAGAUGGUGAAGGUGCAGAUGAAAAUGAAAGACAACAAAAAAAGAGAAAGAUGACACUUUCUAGUGAUCAUGAGUCCAUGGAAGAAGGCACCAUUGAUCCUUAUGACUUCAGAGACACUGAAGAGGAAAUGCUAGAAGUCCAAGCCCACACUCCAAAGACUUCUGAAAUUACUGGUGCUGGGGAAAUGAAAUCAAAGUUGGCUGAAUCCAGAUUUAAAGCAUUCAAGACUGCCCUUCUGGAGGUAUUCAAAGCUGCUCAUGCACAGUCGGUGAGUCUGAAGAGUCUGAUGGAGUCAAUCAAUCGAGACAACUCAAGCCCUUUUUUGCCUGAAGAAGUCAAGAUAGCACUGGAAAAGAUGCAAGAUGACAAUCAGAUCAUGAUGUCAGAUGACAUAAUUUUCUUGAUCUGAAAUGACACAUAGGCAGAACUAAGAGUUUCUUUUCACUGCUUUAAUGUGGACACACUUGUCAGCAGCUGCCCAUCUGACCCUUUCCUGAUUUGACUUCAGUUGACUUUGACUUCAUUUUGAAUUACUUGCUGUAAGGAAAGCUGACUUGAUAUCUACACUGUGAAACUUUUUUUUUCUUUUUCUAGUUCAAGGGGAAGGAAUGGAAAGUAAAGAUUUUCUUUUUUCAAAUACAACUAAGGCCAACUACUUCUUUCAACAAUGUUUGAAAGAAACUUAUUCUUAUAUCCUAAAUUAAGGUAACAUUGGAAGAAAGACAAACACAGAGCCCCUAUAGUUAAACAUUUUGAUUACAGAGGCUGGUGUGACAAUGGUCGAAUUCUGGCUUUUACUUUCCUCUUCCCCUGUGAAUUAAAACCUAGGUUGCAUAUCUACAAUUUAGUUCACCAGUUUUAUUACAUAAUAAUGAUGGAAUUAUCUAUUACAGCCUAAAGUGUAUUUACAACCAAGGAUUAGGAACGACAAGUUAUAUGACUAUACAUGCAUAUUUCUUUCCAUUAUACAUGCCACCAACAUUAUCAUUUGAACCAUGAUUCUUAAACUGAAACUUGGAAACAAUAACAUCUUCGUGGAAUGCCUUUGUUUACAAUGAAAACAUAGUUCUAAGAAUGAAAUUGAGUCUAGUUUUACAUGCAUCUAGAGAGAGUUAUUUCUAUAUCUUCAUACCCACCACUGCCUAAUACCCUUCAUAGAAAGUGAUGUUAGCCAUGUUGAAUUAGAAAAGCACAUAUUCUGUCUUGCAUUCUAUUCUAUUCUGCAAAAGUAUUCAAACAUCUGUGGACAUAUUAAAAAUCAUUCCUUUUUUCAAUGUAAAGAAAUCAAUAAAAUGUAAUACUGUAUAGCAAAUUUCAAUAUAGAAUAAAGAUGAAUACAAUUUUAA